AUGACACUAGAAAAACUUCCAGAACCAUUUGAGAGUCGAAAGGAUCCGCCCUGCGACGGUGCCGAUGCUCCUAAAUUACCGCCUCUGGGCAAGUGGAACGUUCCAUCACAAGUGCCAUCGACACCUGUGUCUCACCCCUCGCUAAAUCUGCCGAAAACGAGUCGUUUUAGAGAACUGCGAGGCUCCUCAUCGCUUUUUCCGGGCUCAGCAAAAUUUAGAUCUGCCACAGGCGGCUUACCAAAGUCAAAACCUCUAAAUCAAUACCAAAUCUCUCAAGUCGAGGCGAGGAAAUUGGAAUGGUCUAAAAGCUCUGAACCUGACCAGAACUUUACUUCCGAGUCUGGAUGGCACUACGUCUUGAAAAAGGGCUCUGUACCGUGUUUCAAGAUUCCCAGAUCGCAACUCCCAGAUCCACUGACUUUUUAUGAACAAGUAGAAUCUGUCGGGAGCCGUUACGGAGCUGUCAUUCUGGAAAUCAUAGAGGACCCUCAGGUGACAUCAGAACCACCGGCUAUUGCCUUGAAUCCUGAUCUUUUUCGCUUCAAGGCCAGAAAGCAGUCGUUGAGACCUUUUCAAAUCGAAACUCGAAGAAAGCUGGAUUUUUAUCGAAAACUGCACCAUUUCCACACUAUGCGUGGCGACAAAAACUUACUUUCCAAUCUGCACAAAAUACCCAGCAUCGACAGAAGACCGUUGGAUUUGUACCGUUUACGCGAGUGCGUACUUCUCCGGGGAGGAUACCAAGCGGUGUGUGCCAAGAAACUUUGGGCUCAGAUCAGCAGAGAGCUGGGAUACUCGGAAAGAGCGUCAAAUUCUUUGUUGACAACUCUACGAUCGGCAUAUACAAAAAUACUAGCCGACUUUGAUGAGUACAGCUUGAAGAACGACUUGACCGGGAGCAUUGCUCAGCAAGAUAUGUCUUCCAAACUACACAUCGUACUUCCCUCUUCUAUAACCAAUGAAGCUGCAAAUAGUAAGUCCAAGAAGAGAGGCUCGGUAGGUACCACAAUUGUCUGCGACAACCGCGCGAAAAAACGGAAAUUUGUGACGCCUAAAGUGUUCGAGCUGAUAGGGACCGGUAUCGAAUAUCCAAGACUGCGAGAUGUUUUGCAGUAUAAGGGCUGUGUCACCAAAUUCGAAACUCUGACCGAUCGUCGAAAGCACAUCACGAGGCCCUCCACCUCUACAUUACCGAGCUACGAUUUUUCGUUUUGGAAAAACACUACCGAGAUUUACGACAAGUCCCUUUACGAAACGAGUGACUCCCCGAUUUAUACUCUGACCCAGUUUUGUGAGAAAUCUCAUUUGCAUUCAAAACAGUUUUUCGAAAGGUGCGCAGAAAGACUACCCGUUGCUAUAUCGGACUAUCAUCGGUUUAACGUGGACAGCUUCGAAAGACUUUUCUUUCAGGUGUUAUCAGAUAUAGGUGUUUCUUGCGAUGUCGAUACUGCCAUCAAUCUUCCUGCUCGCAUACAUGGGUCAGGCUUCACCAGUGUAUCUCACAACGGUGACGAUAUGCAUAACGCUAACUCGUGGGCAUUGAAAAACAUCUCCGUGUCAGAGAAGUCUGCCCUGUGUUUUCUGAAUGCUGACUACGGUGAUCAGGUGUAUUCCCACCUGGACGUGGGAAUGUUGUUUUCGGUUAAAGGCUGGGCCGUCGAGGACAACUUCUUGCCCGCUGUAGAUUAUCAUCAUGUGGGUUCUUCAAAAUUGUGGUACAUUAUUCCUCCCCAUGAUCUAGAGAAGUUUGAACAACUAAUCUCGAAUUCAAAAGGAAAUAUAAAUUCUUCAAAAGCCAAGACUGACACGAUAAAUGAUGGAAAUUUUCAAGAAUCCGUUUUGUAUCAAUGCUUCAGCGAUACCACUCCGGACAGUCUGCCUUCCGGCAGGCCCACAAGAAUCAAUACACAUUCAAUACACCCGGUGAACAUAACGUUCGAGCAUCUUUCGAGCGACAUACAGUUCCCUCCGGAGGUUUUUGAGGAGCAUAAUAUUGAAGUUCUCAAAGUAGUUCAAAACCCGAGGUCCUACCUUUUCAAGUUUCCGAAGACAUACACAAUGAAUUUGCAUUCCGGAUUUAACGUUUCAGAAAAUGUCCAUUUUGCACCUGCUUCUUGGCUGAAGGUGGUUCUUGACAGUGAAGCGUGGCUUUCUAAUCAUGGAAUAUUACCGGCUAUCAAUCCUUUCCAGCUUUCAUACAACAUCAUUUCUCAAUGUAAAAGCAAAAGCUUAGUUUCGAAAGCUCGCGAAAUAUUUCUGCCUCUAGUAGCCGAUGAAUUAAAAGCUAGGAAUGAAUUCAACCGCAUGACGAGUGACAUCAAAGUAUACACGAAUACUUUUGAUUAUAUCUCCGAUCUUAACUUCGCGUCGACUGGGGCCUCAAAAGUACUUUUAACAAACGAAAGCGAUUGCAUAACUCUAUCUCUGAGACAAUUUUUGGACAAUUCACGAAUCGAAAACGGGACGUUACAUGUCUUUGGUCGCGAUCUUGAGAGCGAACAGAUAAGCCUUUCCCUGCAUUUACUUUACCCCAGUGAAAAUCUGGAAUUUUUACUGCAAGAAGAUCAGGCUCGCUUGAAAGCUGCAGCAACUUUCUACACACAUGAAAUUAAUCGAGAAGAAGAUACUAAGGCCGAAAUAAUCCAGUCUUAUACAAAACUAGUAGGGAGAAACGGUGGUGAGAGCAGAAUACGGCUUGACGAAAUUAACAUGUACACCGAAGCUUUAUCCGAAGUUCAGGCUUCUUUAUCGAAGCCUUUCAAUCAAAUCAUAUCAGAAGUCAGAGCUAUAAGAUCAAAAUGUGUGCAAUUCUUAAAAAGUGUCAAUGGUGUACAACAAGAGUUGUGGCUGCCAGAAGUUAACUCAGGAUUUGCUCUCCAUGAAAUAUCAGUGCCGCGCUUUCAACAUUCGGCAGCAGAGCUCUUCAAGUUGCAGAACGAGCUACAGCACCUCUCAGUGGAAUUCACAGAGAUGCAUGAUAUUUUUGACCUCUGUCGGAGAGUAAAGGAAUAUCAAAAUUUUUGUAAAGACGCGCUUCAGAAGGAAGACCUCGACCUUCUCCAAAACGCAUACAUGAGAGGCCUAUCACUUGGAAUAAGCUCCAAGUAUCAUAAGCUACUCGCGAGAACUAUUGGAGAGAAAUUGUGGCUUAAAGAGUAUGAGAAAGUUUUCUCAAACAAUCUUGACCUCAGCUCUCAGGAUGCCAAAAGCUAUAAUAUAAAAGACUUGCCGGUUUUUCUGAAUUAUGGGCUGCGGUACGUGAGGGGGAAAAAUCAUUCAGAUAAAUUUCAUGAAGUUCGAAGAGCUAUCCUGGUCUCCCAAAACGUUCUAUCUGAGUUAAAAGGUCUCUUCAAAAAGAAAACCAGCAGAAUACCUGCCGAGAAACUCCAGGAACUUUUCACUACAAUCAACAAGCAUCCUCAUCUGAUUGAUGCGCGAUUAAGUGAUGCUCUCGAGGCCAUUCUGAAAGCUUUCGACUCUAGCAAGCAAAGCUUCGCUUCUUCCUUCACAAAGCUUAGCACGAACGAUCAAUUUUUGAUUCAACUUGGAGCUGACGCUACGGCCGAAACUUUAUGCGAGCUGAAUCUGCUUGACAAAUUUGAUGGCUCUACCAGCGAUCACCGUUUGACGCUGCAAGAGGUUCCCAACAAGUCCAUUUUCUCCAAGCACAUUAAAGAUUGCAGAGCGUGGCUCCACGUACUUCUCACCAUUGUUCCGAAAAAACAGUCGUGGGCCAAAAUUCUUCUGUCGACAGAGCAAUGCAUGGGAAAUAAAGCUGACACUUGGAAUGCUCCUACGUCCGUUCAUGAUGAAAAAGAAGGAUUCUAUUGUUUUUGCCGUCGCGGUGACUUCGGUAGCACUAUGGUCGCUUGUGAGAUAUGUGGAGAAUGGUAUCAUAUGACGUGCAUUAAUAAGGGCAAAUGGUCCUUGGGAAGUAGCGAAAGCAGUGUCUUUGUGUGUCCGAUCUGCUGUGCCCGUGAUGUCCCGAACAUUAAUGCUGUGCGCUACGACGAUCUGCAAAAACUGAUUUUGGAGUCUAGUCGUCUGAAGAUCAUACCAGACCGCCAGCUACUUUCUGAGGUUUUCCAGGUGUUCAAGAUAGCUGCAGCAUUCCGAAGAGAGCUCAGAGAGUCAAUGUUCGAGUCCGAUGGAAGAUUGAAACUGGAUGUUCCUCUGUCAAAGGUCAAAUACUAUGUUCGCAAGCUCACGGGAAGCGGUGUUAAAAUGAUUCAAGAAGAGGAGGCCCUGCGAAGUGCUUGCCGCGAGCACGACGCCCUGAGAAUACAAGCUUUUUUGCUAGGCAAGAUAAACGUUGUUACAGGUUUUGAAGUUACUGAUCAGAAAGUGUCCAGUCCAGCAGCAGCAGCGUCUGAGAAGGCACCAACAAAAUUUAUCGAGCAACACAAAUCAAAUGGGAACGAUGAUAAGGUCGAAGAAACUGCGAAGGCUGAGAAAAGCGAACUAAUGAGCGAGACUUCUAAAUCAAUUUAUGCACCCACUUCAGAACCAAGCUCACAACCGUAUAUACAAAACCCAUGA